AUGAAAUUCGCGGACUAUCUGGCAGUAGCUCUCACCUCCUGUGUAUCAAAAGUCUUUAUGACACUUAUCAAAAACAGGAUCUUAACUUCAACGCCCCACCAUCUUUCUAAAUAUAUCUGCGCAUAUAGGCCUAAUAAAAACAUUUUGGAACCUAUUUUAUCACUAAAAAUAAUUAUGCAAAAGUGCUGGAAAUACAAGAUUCCCUCUUAUUACACUUUUAUUGAUUUUAGUAGGGCCUUUGAUAAUGUAGACCAUAACGCCUUAUUGGAAGCAUUAUCAGAGUGCGGCAUCGAACCAAAUAUUAUCUCCAUCUUAAAAAACCAUUAUUUCAAAUUAAUUUCAUGCUUUAAAACAAACGAUAAAAUAUCACCCUACUUUAAGAUAAAAAAAGGAGUAAGACAAGGUUGCACCCCACCGCUCCUUUUUAACAUCAUAAUAAAUAAAGUCAUAAAGGAGGUAAAUGUUGCUGCCGACUUGGCAGACUUUGUGUCAAAUGAAAACUUUCACUUUGUUAAUAGGAUCGUUUCGUAUGUCGACAAUAUUGUCGUAAUAUCAAAAAAUAUUGAAGAGACUGUAAGCCUGAUUCACCUAAUCAAAACCAUAAGCCUCAGAGUUGGUCUAAAAAUUAAUUUCAAUAAAACGGUUAUUCUUCCCUCGCCAAAUACACCACCACUCCAAAAUCUUUUGGUAGGCGGCAACGUUAUCAAAAAAGUAGAUAAUAUCAAAUACCUGGGUGUGAUGCUCAAUAACAAAGGUGAAUGCAAGGAGGAAAUGAAGAUUAGAACGCAAAAAGCCAAAAGGGCGUUCUAUAUGUACAUGAAAAUCUGGAGGUCUAAGAAAAUAUCGGUUUUCACGAGGUUGAGGCUAUUCAACUCUACGAUUAUCCCCAUUUUAUUAUACGGAAGUGACAUAUGGGAAGCUAACAAGACUGACCUAAGACGUAUACAAUCCUUUAUAAACAAUUGUCUGAGAACGAUAAAUGGUAUUUUUUAUCCCAGAGUCAUCUCUAACUCUAACCUCUGGAGGAACGCUAGCCACACUCCGAUAAAUAUUACGCUAAAAAAACGACGGAUACAGUUCCUAGCCCAUAUAAUAAGGAAUUCAGAUCACAACCUUGCACAUGAUGCUAUCGCUUGGUUAUAUACACAUAAAGGGAAACAGUAUACUAAAUACAAAUCGUUAUGGUAUUACAAAGUUAUAAAAGACGUGAUGGAGCUGAAUGUAAACAUGAAACAAUUUAUAAAGCUUAAUAAUUGCAAAAGGUCUAUCAGAAAACUCUUUCGCAUCAAAGAUUGA